AUUGCCUUACAGUCUAUAAUACUGGUGUCGUUGAUGUUUAUGUGCAAGUAAAUAGAAUAAUUGUAUCUAGAGACAUACAAAAAAGUGGUCAGCUAGUAUGUGGCCUUCGGAAUGAGCCAUUCUGAUAUUCAGACACGUCUUUAACAAUAGAGAGAGCGCGCUUUGGGUGACUGCGAAAUCUCCUGAAGGAAGCCGGCCUUGCAGUAAAGAAUCUUACCUUCGCUUUUUCUUUGAACGUCAUGGACAAAUCGUCAGAGUACAUUAGGACGCUCUUAUCGCAGCAUGAUCCUCUGACUGUUAUUAGCGAAGUACAGUCUAAGCAUGGUCUGGAUCUGCCCAAUGUCGGCGCCGUGUACCCACUGCUUGACUUUCAAGGAUUUACACGACACGACGUUCACAAAGCGUGUCUAAGUGCCAUCACAAGCAACAUUUUGGCCAAGAUAAACGACCCGGAGUUCUCUGUCGAGCAAUUCCACAAACUGUUAAACCAAACCCUGCCACACAUAAUGGUUCCGCAACUCCAACCAAUACCUAUGGCUUUAUUGGAGCGCUAUCCUGACGAUGUCAAUGAUGAUGUUUUAAAGAUGCUGAAGGAGGAUCCAGCUUUGUUUGAACAAUGCCCUAUGAGUGUCAAGCGACGCAUAUGGAAAUCGGAUGAAGCUUUCUUUCAAACACAUCUGUUACGAUACUUCAAUACUUACCACCACGACACUAAGUUGCAAUUGAUGCUGAGAAAUUCAAAACCAGAGCGGGUAUCUGAGGUCCUAAAAGAGCGUCGGCAACAUCCCGUUGUGCAGCAGUUGAUCGAGAUCAUUGGUAGAGACGUGAAGUUGUACACGAUGUUUACAGAAAUGAUCAGAAUUGUCUUCUUAUCAACCCCACAUCCCAUCCUGUCCACUCUCAAAUUUGAUGUACUUAUGCGACUACAUGAGGAUGAUGUACGAGAGAUAUACGAUAGAGACCCAUGCCACAAACUUACAUGGACACUCAAUACCUGCAUUCGGAAUCAAUCCUUGGACACAGCUCGAAUCAACAAGAUUCGUGAAUGUUUUGAUGAUGCAAAACGGGAGCCUAAGCUUUAUGCAGACUUCGCCUUGAUUUUGAUGGACCCUGCUACAACUGAAUUGUUAUCCAAAUUCAUCGUCAAAUGGAUUCGUAUGAGUGUAGAUGAGAACGUAAGUCGGUUCAAAACGUGUGGAAAGCCACCUUGACAAUUUCACUAAACCUCAUGGGUCGGCCAGGCACCGCAAAAUUUGGAAGAACAAUGGCAAUGGGCAGCUAGAAUGCUAAACCUCGGCCAUCAUGCACAUAACAUUGCUAUGUCAGGGAAAUAUAAACCACC